AUGACCGAAGCUCAUACACGUGCGCCGACUCGCUACAAACAUACGCCCCUGGACUUCGCGAAAAAACAAAUUCGUCUCAUCAGGCUCCUUUCACAGUCCGACUCAACCGCCCUUGAAUGCGAAAUAUCAAUAUUCGACGCCGACGCGCCGCCAGAGUACUAUGCUCUUUCCUACACCUGGGACGACGAGCACUCGCCGAAACAAGCACUCUCGGUACUCGGAGACAAUUUAGAGAUCGGAGAGGCUAUGCACAACUUUUUGCAAAGCUGGCGAAGGAGGGCAGAAGGUUGGAAGUGGCUUUGGUGCGACCAGCUCUGUAUCGACCAAGGCGACAACCUGGAGAAAGGUCACCAGAUUCCGCUUAUGGCAUCAAUCUACUCUCGAUGCUACUGCGUAAUUGUCUGGUUUAGUCUACAUUUCAGCACAAUAGAGGAACUGCUUGAUCAUCGCUACUUCACGCGACUCUGGAUCAUACAAGAAAUUCUGCUUGCACCACAGGUAAUAUCUCUCUGUGGUGAUACAGAGAUAUGUUGGUCUGAUCUGUACGCACAUUGCGUGCGUCUACCUGAAGGAGAGUACAAUGAAAGCUCAGAAAAGACGAAUCGGGCAGCAACCACCGCGCUGUUCUUCACUCGAAAAUCCGAGUUUGAGAGCAACAAAACAGAGAGCUUCUCUCGACUGUUCAUAAUGUAUGGUCGAAAAGAAUGUAGAGAUCCACGCGACAAAGUCUAUGGCCUGCUUAGUCUCAUCGAUGAGCGACACCGACCCGUCGUCGACUAUAGCAAACCGGCCUUAGAAGUGUUCUAG